AUGCAGCAGCAGCACUUGCGCCGCCUUACGGCCACCGCCGCGGCGCAGACGCUGGCGGCAGCGGAGCCCUCGGCGGCGGCGCCGUUUGCGGUGCGACCGCCCGGCGCGGUCCGGCCGCUCAACGUCAGCAAGGAGCGGCUGAGCCUCAAGGCGCAGGUCAUCUUCGAGUCCAGCUGGAAGAAGAUCGAGGAGAAGUACAAGGAGCGGCUUGUGUGCCCGCGCGAGGUGGUGUGGCUCAAUGGCGCCCCCGGCUCAGGCAAAGGCACAAACAUGCCUUUCAUCAUGAAGAGCCGCGGCCUGAGCCGCGCCAUCGGCAUGAGCCAGCUGCUGGACACGAGCCCGGAGAUCAAGCACAUCAUCGACCGCGGCGAGCUGGUGCCGGACCACAUGGUGCUGGACGCGCUGCUGGAGGUCAUCCUCAACCCAGAGACCAACGACGGCGCGGGGCUGGUCAUCGACGGUUUCCCGCGCACCGCCCUGCAAGUCGACUUUGUCAAGCUGCUGCACGACAAGCUGAUGGCGCUGGGCCUGCAGCACGCAGACACGCCAGAGGAGCCCACCCUCCACGCCCCCACACACCCGCAGGUGGUCAUCCUGUAUGUGGAUGAGGAGGAGAGCGUGCGGCGGCAGAUGCGGCGCGCCCAGCUGGCCGCCAUGCACAACAAGCGGGUGAUGGAUGCGGGGACGGGCGACGUGUGGGAUGUGCGCACCACCGACGUCAACGAGGCGCUGUGCAGGCGGCGGUACCAGGUCUUCAAGGUGCGAGGCCGCUUCCACAGGCCGCUUCCAGCCCGCUGUUUGCUGCAGUUUAUUUCGGCCCACUACCACACCAUCCUGCGCCUCAAGUCCUUCUUCCCCUUCUCCCUCAUCGACGCCAUGGGCACGCUGGAGGAGGCGCGGCAGCAGAUCAUGCGCGAGCUGCGCUACCAGUCCAGCCUGGACCUGGAUGAGGCCACCUACGCCGCCAUCAGGCACCUGCCGCUGGCGCGCGACCUGGUGCGCGUGGCGCGGCAGCGCCUCGUCUUCCGCCUCGACGCCUACUGCAAGCGCGACAACACGCUGUUCGGGGACGUCAUACGGCUGAUUGACGCGGAGGUGAUCCCGGUGCUGAAGCAGUCGAGCCUGGCUGGGGCUGCUGAGUUCCGCACGCAGACGCCGCUGCUGAGCCGCCACCCGCACGCCGUGGACAUCAUGAUCGACGUGCUGUCGGACAGGGGGUUCAGCGUGGGCCACACGCUGGAGGAGCGGCUGGUGCCCCAGUCUGUGGACCUGGCCACCGGGGACAUCCGCCUGCGCACAGACCACGUGCACGGCGAGGAUGUGGCCAUCGGCGCCACAUUCAUCCCCAAGCACAUGGUGCGGGAGGAGGGCAACCGGCUGGCGGAGUCACGGGUGUGGAGCCCCGUGAAGACCAAGAGGCAGGAUGCGGCGGCCAUGGUGGCGGCCACGGCGGCAGCGGGGGACGAGGAGGAGGAGGCGGGCGGCGGCGGCGGCGGCGGCCACGGCGCAGGCAGCGUGCCCGCCGCCGUCACCAGCCGCUCCUCGGCGCCCAGCGGCCUGUCGCAGGUGUCCACGCCGGUGCAGGCGGUGCAGCGGCGGCAGCGGCAGCAGCAGCGGAAGCAGGCGCUCAGCGGCGCCGAGCUGGAGGCGUACGAUCAGGCCUCCGCCAGCCUGGGCUCGGCGCAGCGGCAGGAGGCGCAGGCAAGUCGCGGCGGCCCCGUGCGGGCCUCCAAGAGCGGCGAGGAGGAGAGCGCGUACCUGCGCUCCUACUUGCAGCGCGGCCCCAACAGCGCAGACCUGGGCGAGGGGGAGUGCGAGGAGUCGGCGGCGGCCAAGCGGCACCGCGAGUACGAGCUGCUGGACCAGUACGGCGCGCUGCUGGAGGCGAUGAACGAGCGGGAGGACUGA